AUGACCACUAAUGCUUUUCGCUCUAUGGAGAUCAAGGAAUUGGACUCUUUUCUAAGACACCACUGCGAAUCCGACAUCGAUACUGAGCAGGUGAACAAAACCAAGGACACCACUGAAGGAAUAGACCGUCAAAUCAUCGAAGCGUCGAGAGACUCCAUAUAUUCAGCCAACCCAUCAAAGCAGCCUUCGGGCGGUGGAGAAAAGGGCAAGAAGAGAGCAGCUGGGCCUAUAAGAAACCCUCGACAAGUAAGGAACAAAUCAGCAAGGGCUCGAGCGCUUCGACGACUCCAGGCUCAAUUAUCAGUGGCCAGUCUUGCCGGCGAGCAGUUAUAUACGCUCAAUCCAACAACCAUCUUUGAAGAUGCUUGCCGCACGGGUCUUUUGAUUGAAAACAUUACAAUCCUGUCCAGCCCAGCCUUAAAGGACAGCACUGCGACAGAAGGACAAUUUAUAUCGCAGAAAGGACGAAAUAGCAAUUCUAUCCAAGUCGAAGCAGAUGACAACUCGCAGACAGAGUCGAAGUUGAAGGCUCCCGCAAAGACGGUCAAGCCGAAAGCUAUUGACUCUGAAACGAAUACUAAAACUUUCAGAAACCUCGAUAUCAGACCUCAGGAUAAGCACGAGCCAAUAAUUUCUCCAGUUUUCUCGAGGGAAGUUAGCGCCGAUGAACGUAAAACUCAAGAGUAUUUCGUCUUUCCACCGUCUCCUAUACGGCCGCUAGAGAAGAAAAAAAGGUUCCGUCGAGAUCUCGGUCUUAUUCACGUUGAAGACAUGGAUUCCAGAACAAGACACGACAGAAUCAGAAAUCUAAAUGCGGUCGUGGCUCGAGGGGAUCGAUUAACUGAGACUGAGGAGUUGCAGUUGGCCGAAUUGAAAGCUAGGGGAACGCGAGCCCGCAAUCGGGAUCUGUCGCAAAUGGACGUUGCCAGCAUGGAUACUCGCGCGAGAUCGAUUCGGCGUCAAGUGCUACGAAGGAAGAUCGAUCGAUAUGAGGUUCUGAACGAGGCAGAGAUACAGCAAUUGACUGAAUUGGGAAUGUUUUACUACACGAAAGGUGGCAAAUAUCAUUGGUGUGUAUCGGCUCGCUUGUGGGAUGCUCGGGGUCUAGAAACAGAAAUGGAGAAUUCACUUCGCUGA